AGUGAAAUACCACUCUGGGGUACCAUUGUAUUGAAUGGUGUUGUGUGUAUGCUGUAUACAACAGUUGGAGGUAUAAAAGGCGUACUCUGGGCCGAUACAUUACAAAUUGGUCUCAUGCUUUCUGGAUGUCUUGCAAUUAUCAUCAAAGGAUCGAUUUCCAUUGGAGGUCUCGAUAAAGCAUUUGAAAUAUCAGAUAUUCAUGGUAGAAUAGAAUUUGACGAGUUGAAUCCAGAUCCUAGAACCCGCCAUAGUUUAUGGGGAAUGAUGUUUGGGAUUGGUUUAUUAUACACUGCUAUGUUUUCAAGCAGUCAGCAUUUCGUUCAAAGAUACCUUACUUUAGAUACCAAAAGAAAAGCCCAGAGAGUGCUUUAUAUCAACAUGGCCUUGUAUGUUGUAUGUGUAUGCAUCAUUUGCAUGAUAGGAGUAGUGAUGUUUGCAACAUAUGCUACCUGUGAUCCAAAAAAACUCGGUCUUGUAAAGCAAUCAGAUCAGAUGCUAGGAUAUUUAGUGAUGGAUUUGUUCGGCUCCAUGAAGGGAAUGGCCGGGUUGUUUAUUGUUACUGUGACGGCAGCUGCUCUGAGCACGAUGUCAUCUGGACAGAACGCACUCGCUGCUGUGUAUUUGGAAGAUGUAUCAAAACCUAUUUAUAAAUCUGUACACAAGAAGUCUAUGACAGAGAGAUUUGCUACUAACAUUACAAAAUGUUUUGGUGCAUUCUUUGGGAUCGCAACAAUAGCAGUUACCUUCAUACUAGCAGAGGCAAAGGAUACAAUUACAGUUAUAUAUUUUAAACUAUCUGGUAUUCUUGGGGGACCUAUUUUCGGAAUGUUUACGAUUGGUAUACUAUUUCCCUGUGCUAAUACGUGGAUUGGUCCGAAAAACUUGCCAACUGAUAUCUCGGGCUGUACAAAUACAACAAAAUACUCUAACACAACAACAACAACAUCAGAGUAUGCCAAAAUAGCUUCAUUGGGAAAUAAUGGAACGACACCAGCUUAUCUUUUCAACACUUCGCACUUAGAUGUCACAAAUGUGACGUCUGAUUUAGGAUGGAAGGAUGAGUCUGGUGUAUUCUACUUGUAUAAUGUAUCGUAUGUUUGGUACACGCUGAUUGCGUUGAUUGUCACUUUUGCUGUUGGUCUUCCUGUAAGCCUAGUUGCUUCUUCUAUAACAGCUGGGAAAUAUAAGAGAGAGGACGUGGACAAGAGACUUUAUUGGCCAGUAUAUGAAACAAUUCGCCAUUGUCUUCCUGAAUGCUGUCGAAGAAAGAAAUCAGUGGGAAAAGUCGAAUCAGUUUCUACAACUGUUAUAAUUGGAAAUGGAAGUCAUCGAAAUGAUGGAAGUUGUCCAGAGGCACAAUGUACAGAUGGAACAAACAAUACAGGGAUGACGGAUUUCACUCAACUGUGAAAAGGAAAAGGGACAAUAUAAUGUGCCACGAUGCAUUGUAUUUCUGUUUAAUAAAAACGCAACGCUCAUUUUACAAAACUGCCUCCAAGUUGGAACCAGUUUAAAAUUAGGUCGCUUCAUUCAACACAAGCUAUUUAGGUAUCACUAUAAAUUCAGAAUCAUAAGAAAC